AUGUUACACUUGAGAUUUGUCUUUAUGGUCGCUUUGCCGCUGCUGCUGCUGCUUCAAACUAGUCGACCUGCAGAUGGCUUUAUCAUUCGGCUGAUCACGGAGACGCUGCAGAAUAAUGUGGCUGGGGAGCCUGUUCUUCACGAGCGCACUUCUUGGGACUUUGAUCCGGAGGCGGCCAAAAGAGCCCGGUCGCUGUACUACGAGAAGAACGGCUACCGCUCGUCCAAGUUCAUCGAGCGACUGGGCGUUGGUCUGGAUGGGCGGCACGAGGAGCGGAGGGCGGAGCAAGGACAUCGCGAUGUGGGACGACUGAAUGGGGAACACAAUGUGAACUACCCGCCUACACCGGCUUAGCCAUAAAUAAUUAUGAUUUAAAUUUAACUCUCCUUUCGC